CUGCGACAGACGGUGGUUGCAGUACACCGAGAAGUCAUCGAGGUGUCUCAAAUGCUAUGCAGCGAAGGCUAAGAUAAAUAAACUGUGAUAAUCUAGGGAAAACGUGCUAAGGAUUAAAGAAGGGUAGUAGCGAUCAAAGCUGAAAAAUUGUGCUGCCCGCCAGCAAAGGUUAACAGUGAAGUGAAGAGGAAAAUAGAAAAGCAGUCAGUCAGUGCUUUGUCUGUAAUCGCAAAUCAGUGUUCAGUGAAGUUUUGUGCUCCGAUGCCGGAAAGGGGUCAAGACCAACGGGACGAACAAAGGUCGCUAUGGUAGAUGAACAAUUGUAAACAGUGUACAAAGGCAACAAGAAUAUAUGUACUAGAAUUGAAGUGAAGCUGCUCACCCGGGUCGUUCGUUACAUGGAACGGUAAUAUGGAUUUAAUUUCGCUUCCACCGUGCUCCCGACGAUUGGACACUGCCAAGAUGGUGAGCGGAGGAGCAGCAGAGCACCAUCAUCAGCUUACCAUCACGACCGGGAAUGGUGCAACUAGUGGCCUUUCGCCCACUUCCACGACGAUAAAGAUCUCGACCACGUAUUUGAAGACGCCCGUCAAGACAGACCAAGAGAUCCUGGAAAACUCCAUGCUAGAAGAUGACCCUAACUCGAACACAAUUCUCACCAGUAGUAGCAAAAGUUGUGGAGCCAUCGAUGCCAGUGGGAAAUGUGUCGACGGAGGAGACAGCCUAACGAAGCGACCGCGAUGGGGACCACAGCACAAAGGGGCCCAGGAACUAGCUAAACUGUAUAGUAGUGGUAAACGUACUCAGGAAAUCAUCUGUGUCUACAUCUGCAUCGCGCUAAUUGUUAUCAAUCUGUUCCUCAUCCUCAAACACUUCCGCAUCGAACGGAUAAGCAAAGUGCUGGUGGCUGCUAUGUUCGGUAUUCUGACAGCCGAUUUCGGGUCCGGCCUAGUACACUGGGGAGCAGACACAUGGGGCUCGGUCGAGCUUCCAAUAGUGGGGAAGAAUUUUUUACGACCUUUCCGGGAGCAUCACAUCGAUCCGACCUCAAUCACUCGACACGAUUUCAUCGAAACCAACGGGGACAACUUCAUGGUGGCCGUGCCCAUUCUGGCCAAGCUUGCGUGGAAUUUUUUCACCCGAUCGAACUCGGAAAUACAGCAGGAGUACGCACUGAGCGCGUAUCUGUUUCUGUGUUCAAUCUUCAUCGCUAUGACUAAUCAGAUUCACAAAUGGUCCCACACCUACUGGGGCCUACCGAAGUGGGUACUGUUUCUGCAGAACAAUCACAUCAUUCUGCCGCGGAGACACCAUCGCAUUCAUCACGUGGCGCCGCAUGAAACAUACUUUUGCAUCACCACUGGAUGGCUCAACUGGCCCCUGGAGAAGAUCAAAUUCUGGUCAACGCUGGAAGCCAUCAUCGAGGUUUGCACUGGUCACAAACCACGGGAUGACGAUAUGAAAUGGGCACAGAAGCGAACAUGAUCGUAUACGAGCUCACAGCAACCACGCUUCAUCAUCAGAUUCCUAGUAGCCAUCUGUGUUCGUUAGGAACGCUGCUCAUGUUCACGUACGCUGUGCUGAUUUUUACUACUUUGUUCAUUCAUCAUCAUACCACGCGUCCAGUAGAAUAUUCGCCAUGAUG